AUGGUUUACCUUCAGAAGGCUCUCGGCACGGUCUCCCGUGCUACCCUCCUAGCCACGCAGGCGACGUUUCCGACCGAUGGGUUCCUGCUUCUGGCCCUGCUGCUCUAUGCGCCGGUGGGGCUCUGCCUGCUCGUCCUGCGCCUCUUCAUCGGCGUGCACGUCUUUCUGGUCAGCUGCGCCCUGCCUGACAGCGUGCUGCGACGGUUUAUUGUACGUGUGAUGUGCUCGGUGCUGGGCUUAUUUGUGCGGCAAAGUGACCCCCAGCUUCGUGACGUCAAUGUGAGGGUGUAUAUCGCCAACCACGUGACACAAUUUGAUCACAACGUCAUCAACCUUCUGACCUCAUGUAAUACGCCUGCGUUGAACAGUGCCCCUGGCUUCAUCUGCUGGUCGCGGGGAUUCAUGGAGCUGGGAGUAACGGGAAGCCGAGCAGAGCUGGUGGAUUCCCUGAAGGUGUACUCGUCCCACAGAGGAAACCCUCCGCUGCUGCUGUUCCCGGAGGAGGCUGCCACCAACGGCCGGGCCGGCUUGCUCCGCUUCAGCUCUUGGCCGUUCUCAAUCUUGGAUGUGGUACAGCCAGUUGCCCUACAAGUUCAGAGGCCUUUGAUCACUGUGAGUGUGGCUGACUCCUCCUGGAUUACAGAGCUGCUCUGGACCUUCUUUGUUCCCUUCACAGUUUAUCAAGUAAGGUGGAUGCCGUCUGUCCCCAGACGAGCUGAAGAACUGAGUGAGGAUUUUGCGCUCCGAGUUCAGGAGCUCUUGGCCAUGGAGCUGGGUGUGGUAUCCACACGGCUCACUGCAGCAGAUAAAACUGAACACAUGAAGAGGCUGAGACACACAUCGCUUCUCCCCUUUGCCCCAGCCUCAAGCCAGCCCCUGGCAGCCAGGCCCAGGAUGCCUUCCAGCCUGACCGGUGUUGCUCCUGAAGAUGUGCGGAUCACGGCGAUGGCUCAGCGCGUCAAGGAGGUGCUGCCUCACGUGCCUCUGGAGGUCAUCAGGAUAGACCUGGCCCAAACCAACUGCGUGGAUACCACCAUUGCCAACUUGCUGGAGGGGAGAGUACCCUUCUUCCCGGAAAGUAAGGAGGCUGGUACUGACCUGCCCGCCCCGUCUACCUCCCAGGCUGCAGCUGCUUCUGGCAUCCAGGGCUCCGUAGCUGUGCCUCCUUCCAAGCCAGCUACGAAGCAAUUUGCGAAGUCCCCUGUGGAGCGGCAUCUGUCCUUGCAGGAGCGGAAACGAGCACUGUACGACUAUGCCAGGAGGAGGGCCCUCCUUACUCUCCUGGACUGGAGGGCGGGCUCCUGGGUGGAGCUGCGGUGCGGCCCGGGGUGCCCCGAGCCCGAGCCCUCGCGGUUCUCCUCCUGCCACGCUGACGUUGAGCGGAUGCUGCUGGAGGCCCAGCUGGAGACGGAGAGCGGUGACGGCUCCCCGGCCUGGGAUGAUGAGGGAGCCGGCCAGGCGAGCGAGCAGCCUGGGGAGAGCAAGCUGCUCCCUCCCCGCAGCCAGCCGCAGCUGGGCUGCCCGCACCCCCAGCAGAGGGAUGUGCUGGAAGAAACCGAGCAGAAGGAGCAACGCCUGCCAGCAUCCCUCGGCUGGGCCUGUGCCCGCCGCCCUCAGCAUCUGUCUCCAAAGGAGUUUGCCUUUGUGUGCUCCCCCCAGCCGGUGCUGUGGAGCCUGCAGGGAGGCGCAGUGGGGAGGAAGAAGAGACUUUUCAGUUCAGAGCUGCUGCUGCUCUUCAUCCCCUCGCUGCUGCUCAGCCACGUGCUGACCCUGGGACUGGGGAUCUACAUCGGGAAGCGGCUGGCAGCCUCCUCGACAAAUCCGCUGUGA